AGCAUGCAAAAAAAUCUUCAUUAAAAGGCAUUAUUAUAAAGAUCAAAAGCUAAUCUCAACAAACCAAAAUAUCGAGCAAUAAAAGUAAACUCAGCAAAUAAAUAACUUGGAAUAAACCAAGUUAAGCAAGACCAAAUAAUUUACAUUGAAAUUUAAUAUGUUCAUCACAAAAACUCUAAUUGA